AUGGGAAGAGCAAAGAACAUUUUAAGCUUCGGCUUAAUUCUGCUGCAUACCCUUUAUGUAAGUCUGACCACGGCCGAUAUCCCUGCACAUGUAGAGAUAAAAAAUUUGGUGGGAAAAUGGAAGAUUCAGAGGACACAGACGUCUCCAAAAAUGACGACCUGUGGAUCAACCCAACCAAACAACAACAUUUUUAAUGUAAAAAUAACAGACUAUAAAAAGUAUCUCCUGGAUAACCAUUACAAUUUUACCUCUGACUUGUAUGUUAUUUUAUCCGACGACUUUAUAUCCUAUGGAGACAUGCACGAUACGACUGGCAAUGAGCAUCGAAAGAAUUGGAAGGUGCUAGUUGUGUACGAUGAGCAUAAGAGGAAGAUAGGUACAUGGACCACCAUUUGUGAUGAAGGGUUUGAAAUUAGGUUAGGAAAUGAAACCUACACUGCGUUUAUGCAUUAUGAGCCGACGGGCAAAUGUGGAGAAGCGAAGGAGGACGACCAAACUGAUUCCAAUGGAGAGACAGAAUGCUACGUCACGAAUUAUAACAAGAUAAGAUUCGGUUGGGUGGAUAUAACCAAAUCGAAGGAUGAGAAAUUAUACGGUUGCUUUUACGCAGAGAGGUACCAUGUAGCAGGUGAGCCGGCAGAUGUAGCCAACACGCAACACAACUUCCCCACCGAAACGAGCAUCAACAGUCUGUUAAAUGUGCACAACUUUAUGUACCCCACGCCACAUGACGCUAUGUCAAGCAUCAACGACAAGCCAACUUUUACCAAGAGGACAAACAUGCACAUCGAUCAGAACAGCGAAUUGUACUGGCACAAGAUGAAACACCACGGAAAGAAAAAACCCAUAAGCAGAGCAAUGAUGAUGAAUGCAAAACAGACGUAUGCUUGCCCCUGUAAUAAGAACGAGCACGUUCAGGACGACGUGAAUAACAGCGGGGGUGAUCCAGACCAGCCCGUAUCGCCCGUAUCGCUUAUGCAGUUGGGAGGUCAAACUGGGGAUAGCGAAACGAACGAAAUGGAUUUGGAAAAUUAUGAAGAUACGGAGAAGUCCCCCCACAGGGAAUUAGAAAUAGACGAACUGCCAAAGAACUUCACCUGGGGAGAUCCAUUUAAUAAUAACACAAGAGAGUAUGACGUGACGAACCAAUUGUUAUGUGGUUCCUGUUAUAUUGCAUCCCAAAUGUAUGUCUUUAAAAGAAGAAUCGAAAUUGGCUUGACAAAAAAUCUAGACAAAAAAUAUCUGAACAAUUUCGACGAUUUGUUGUCUAUACAAACAGUUCUUUCGUGCUCUUUCUACGACCAAGGUUGCAAUGGAGGUUACCCAUAUUUGGUCGCCAAAAUGGCAAAAUUACAGGGUAUCCCCUUAGAUAAGGUGUUCCCCUACACGGCCCUGCCAGAGACCUGCCCAUACAAAGUGGAUCAAACUCCUAUGGUAACCCCCGCAUUGGGUACUAAUAACACUCCCACCCCGCCAACGAAGAAUUUAAGACAAAUAAACGCAGUCAUGUUUACCAGCCCAACGACGAAUGAUAUGCAUGAGAAUUUUAAAAAUCCCAUAAGUAAUGACCCAGAGAAGUGGUACGCAAGAGACUACAACUACAUUGGAGGAUGCUACGGAUGCAACCAAUGCAAUGGAGAAAAAAUCAUGAUGAACGAAAUGUAUAGAAAUGGUCCUAUCGUUGCUUCCUUUGAGGCUACCCCCGAUUUUUACGAUUAUGCGGAUGGCGUUUUUUACAUUAAAGACUUCCCUCACGCAAGAAGAUGUACCGUAGACGCCACGAAGAAGAAUUACGUUUACAACGUCACGGGAUGGGAAAAGGUUAACCACGCUAUUGUUUUAGUCGGAUGGGGAGAGGAAGAAAUCGACGGUAAAUUGUACAAAUACUGGAUUGGCCGAAACAGUUGGGGAAAGAACUGGGGUAAGGAGGGUUACUUUAAGAUAAUCCGAGGUGUGAACUUUAGCGGUAUCGAGAGCCAGUCCCUCUUCAUCGAGCCCGACUUCACGAGAGGCGCCGGCAAGAUCCUCCUCGAAAAGCUCAGAAAUGAGUAA